AUGGAACGGAGAGACCUUGACAACUCUGAUGAGUUCAACUUCGACCAUCCACUCCCUAUUUCUUCGAGCACAAGCCUGAAUUCAACCGUUUAUAUAAAUGCAACAAGCUUGGACACAGGUACUGGGUCAGCUGGACAUGCUUCAAACAACUGGAGUCAACAUCUGACUGACAAGACCGACCCGUUUGUAUCCGGUGACCCGUCGCUGUACCGACCUUCCUCGGAAAUUGACAUUGACGGUGCGAAUAUUGUCGCCAACGGCGCAGUGGGUGAUAUCCUUGGCUCCACAGUACCGGAUACAGACCCACACAGAGACAGCCUUUUUGACCAGAUGGAAGAUGAGCAGCUGGCACAAUUGUUGCAAGCGUACAUCGAAAGAGGCCCGAGCCCAACUCAAGGUACCGAUGAAGAUUGGUCCAACAUGGAUACCACUUUGAACUCCGUCGACCAGCCCAUCGAUAACGCCGUGACCGGUGUAUCCUGUGUUUCUGGUGUCGCUGCCGAUGCUCCGGACAUCGCCAACACUCCAAAGACCAAUGUCUCUGCCGCACCGCCUACCUGGUCAGGUACGGACACCGCGUGCACCCCAAGGACCUAUGUGGCUGCCGUAUUAUCGAGUUCACCGGCCACGCCUGGGUCUGCUUCAUGCCAGCUGAUGGAGGCAAUGUCGCGUUCUCCGAUUGAGAUCCCAAGAACGUCCCAUUUUGUCAACUUCCAAUCAGCAAGUCCUGCUCCGAAAAAGAAAGCGAGAAGCGGCAAAAAACGCAGUGUUGAUCAUGGCCCAACAAGCGCGGAGACAUCCUCACAGUCUUCACCCGUCCGGCAGAAGACAUCGGCACAACAGGUACUGGGCAGCCCCUUCAAAAUGCCACAUCUUCCCGCGUCCACACCAGCGAAACAAAUCCCAAGCGCCCAUGCCUCGAUGGGUACUCUAUACUCUCCGAGUCCCGCAUCCAGCCGGGUCCUUUCCAUGGACAACAUCUCCCCUUGGAUGACAGCCCUUCCAGGCUAUACCCCUGUCACAAACAACCAGAUGCAGGGCAUGGCCGAUCCACGAAGCCGCACCAUGUCUUCGAGUGACAAGUCACCACCAGACCACGCAGGUUUCACCAGCGAGCUGCUCAGCAGCAGUGGUAGCAACAGCAACGGCGGGAGUUUUCUCGACCGUGAUCUGCCCUCUGCAGAGCAACGGUCCGCAAAGCGUGCCCGCAAAGAACCGAUACCCGCGCAAGCCGUUUUUGCAAAUGCCGCACACGAGGCGCAGAUGCAUCGUCAGGUCUACUUUCAACAAGUGUCGCAAGCAAGAGGAAGGGGGCAAGGACAUUUGUCUUUGGCACACCAUUUCAACCACCUCGUAGAUUCGGACUUCAAGUGGCUUGAACGCGACCGUACCGAUCCAGAGCCACCCCCGUCCGAGGUUGCCCGUACCACUGGGUUCGAGUUCCCUACUACUUUGCCGACUGGUACCAUGGCGUCGGUUAACAAAGAGGAACAAGAUGAACAAGAUGGAGAAGAAGACGACGUUGUUUUUGUGGGGCAAAAGCGCAAGGCGAUACACAUGAGUCGAGAUGAUCGCGAUCAUAACAACAUCAUCCAGAACCCAUAUGCGCUGGCAGGCCUCGGUAUCUCCCAGCCUGCACCGCAGUACCUGGGUAUGUUUAUUCCACAUACCCAGGCUCAGACCAUGUCGCAGCAUGGAAUGUCGGUCCCACCCCAGCCUCAAUUUCCUGGGAAUGGUCAGACUUGUGGCAAAUUUCCUGGCCAAGGUCAGCAACAGGCUCAGAUGCACGCACGGGCUCACAGUCAAGGGCAGUUUACCCAGCCUAUGGCGCAUUCCCGUGGAUUGAGCUGGCAGAAUCAAUCACAGCAGCAGCCACAAGGCCGACUAGUAUCUCAGCAUCGCUCAGUCGACGGGCAACAGCAACACGUGAGGUCCAGCUCAAGUGUUUCCAAGGCUAGAGCACCUGGGACUCCAACUCCUUCGUCACGGCACCGCUCAACCCAUUCGAAAGCCGGCCAGAAGGUUGUUUCCAAUUCUUCUCGCUCUUCUGGCACGCCACGCAAACAUGUUCAGACGCCCAGUGGCCGGUCCUGUCGGACUCCCAACCACAAGCCGAGCCCGAGCCUAUCUCUCUCGCAGAUCCCGAAGCAGACGCCACCGAACGCGACGCCGGCUGGGCAGCGCAUACACCUACCCACGCCGCAGCAGCCCACUUCGACUGGCUCUUGUCCUAACACCAUCUCCGAAACUCUCGCGGAAACCAACCGUCGCACAGAGAACGAGCUUCGCGCCCUCGGUGCAGACGUAGUGGACUAUGAUCCAAACAUGAGCUGGGAUGAUGCGGGUGUUGCGGGUGGUGCUUCGUUCGAGACCCUCUUUGGGGGUAUCGGUCUCAUGACGCCUGCCGAGCAGACGUUCAGCGAGAUGAUGGGUCUGCACAUGUCGAUGCCUGCGCCAGUGGACCAGCACCUGCCUCAAAAUGGGAGUGGAAAUAUUGUGGGGUUGGGAAAUACGCUUUUGAACACAGAACUGAAGACCACAGUCAGCACGAGUGGCGACGACGCAGGCUUGUUCGAGACUUACUUGUCCGAUAGCUACAACCACAGCAACCACAACGCGAAGAACACACCUGACAUUACCGAAUCAAAUGGCGUCGCCAUGGCAGAUGUGGUCUGCGAGACGGGAGCCGCUGUUCCUGCCACCGCCGAUCUGGACUUCGAGAGUGACUGGACGAAGGGCUUUGACGAGGACAAGGACUUUGAUCCCAUGGACUUCGGCUUCUAG